AUGUUCAUGACAGUUCAUUAGUCAUUUGAAUAAUAUUGACAAAUAACGGUCAUUAAAAUUUGAAAAUAAUUGGUCGUAGAUAAAGGAGAGUGUACAAGUCAAAAUAAUAGCUAUUUAACACUGACGAAAGUAUUCAUCCGAAUAUUAACUACCAUUAUUGAAAUCUGCAAAAAUCUGACUCAACAAACAUGCCAUAAGUAACCAAUCAGAAUCUUUCAAAUAGACCCCACUGAGAUUAAAUUGUGGAGGGGACAAGGGUUAUUUCUCCAUAUAAGUUGAUCUUAGGCAAAUACUCCGGCAUUAUAUUGUAACGAGUAUAGGCUUAGAGUGUUUAAGUAAAAAUCUAGUUAAAAUGACUUCCUCAGGACUUACUUUCGGAGAUAUCUUAUCCGAAAUAGAAAAGAGACCCUCGCUCUGGUAUGAGGAGGAAUCAGAGGGAGCAAGCUUUCUAUGGGACGAGGUGUCCAGAGAAAUCAGUUGGAAAAGGCAGUUGGAAACCGAAUUUUCGGGUUUUCAACUCAAAGUCUUUUGGGUAGCAUUGAGGGAAAAUUUCAAAAAAUUCAAAGCUCACAUAGAGAAGAGCAUCCUUUAUCAAGAUAAGGAUGAUUACCCAGAACCGGAAGUUCACUUUCCAUUCGCCCUCGACUUCCUCGAUGACAAAUAUCGACAAUUUAAACAUAAAAUAUUCAAUGGGUUCGAUGAACAUGGUGAACCCAUUUAUAUUGAGAGUGAUGGUCUAUCUCAAACGGAUGAUGAGGAUAGUAAUACCGAGUGGAUCGAUUAUUCUACUUUUAUUCCUAGCCAUGCAAAGGUUGGGAAUGUCAUCAUUGACCUCACAAAGAGUACGUUAAAUGACCUCCAUCAGCUCCUUGAAAGAGAAGAUCUCAGUCAAAAUAGAACGGAUUACUCUGAAAUCCUAGAAGCAGUAGGAAAUCUCAUAGAGACGGCAAAUUUGCAAAAUGACAACCUGGGAAAUGACGGCUGCAUAUCAUCAUGUGAAAAUAACGACCCCGAAAUGGUUGAUGCAAACAAUGAAAAUAUGAACUAUGUUGUUAUGGGAGAUGAAAUUGAGGUUGGAAACAUAGUGGAUAUAACGUUUAGUGGAGGACGCCCAGUGGAAAACGCUUAUGAGGUACAAGAAAUUCCUGAUCCUUUAGAAAUUCCAGUCGAAUUACCUGAUCCUUUAGAAAUUCCAGUCGAAUUACCUGAUCCUUUAGAAAUUCAAGACCCUCCUGCUGAAAAUCAUAUAGAAUAUGUGGAACUACCAGAACUACCAGAACCAGCGAAUGAACUACAGAAACGAGAAAAUAUGUGGCAGAUGGUCUCGACUUCGCUGAAAAGAAAAAGAGCUGAAGAAAAAAAUACGCCUAACAAGAAAUGGAAUCCAUGUCCAGCUAUAAAAAAAAGAUUAUUUCCUGAAAUGUGAGGAAAAUAGUUGAAAAGCACAGGAAAACAGAUGAAGAACCAAGAAAACCAAAAAAAAAAGAAAUCGGUGUAGAAGCGUUUAUGAAAGCGUUCCAAAUAUAUAUACCAGAGAUUUGUAACUAUAGGAGGAGAAAUUGAAUCAUUUAAGAUUCUGAAUGAAAAGAAAACCAAUUCAAAAACACUGACUAAUACAAGUCGAAAUGUAAUUGUAAAUCAAAGAGCUGAAGAAUUUGAUUUUAGCUAAUGAAGAGUUCAUUGAAAUUAUUUAUGUAAUUUGAGCACAUAUGUACUUGUA